CAUCGUAUCACCCUAGCCCCCACCCCCACACUCCCCCAGCGCUCUCACUCUCCCCUCGCAGCAGAGCUUGCUCGCAAGAAGCAGAGCAAGAGUGGCCGGCGGCGACAUGAAGCGGACCAGGGCGCAGAACCCCAAGGCCCAGGACCCGGAGCCGCAGGACCCCGCGGCCGCCGGGAGCAACCCCACCCCGAAGCCGCAGCGCCGCGCGAAGCAGCCCCGGCAGCCCAAGGCGGCGACGGCGGGUGGCAAGAAGACCGCCGCGGCUCGCGAGGCCGCUGCGGUGACCGCGACGGCAGCCGCUGCUGCCUCCGUCGCCGCAGCGUCCCCCGCAGCGGAGACGGCGCCGGUCGUCCCCGACGUCUGCGUCGGCGCGGGAGGAGGAGGGGAUGUGGCGUGCGGCCUGCCGGCGGAGUGGGACGAGAUGGACGGGUCGCCGUGGUGGACGUUCGGGGUGGAGGAGGAGAAGCUGCUGGGGUGGUUCCCGUUCGUGGAGGAGGACUUCCUGUCCGUCGGCAGCGGCGUCGGCCCCGCCGCCGCCGAGCCCUUCGACGACGACAUCUGGCGGAUCCACCAGAUCUACGAGAUCCCCAGCUACGCCGCCAAGUGAAGAAGCGACGGACGCAAAAUGCGGGCGGCAUUCCACCACUUGGAGAGAGAAACUACUACUAAUCUAUGAGGUUACCAUCUCAUAGAUUUGUGCUACCAGCAGCAGUAGUGCUUUUGCGGUACAGGAACAGGGGAACGGACUAAUCUAUGAGGUUACCAUCUACUACUAAUCCCAGUUUAGGCGAGUGAGCGAAGCUAGUUUUAACGCCUUGUUAUGCAAGCAAAGAACAAAGAAAAAUUUCGACGGCGAUGCAGUUUCA